AUGCUCUUUCCUGGAGAAAGCUUUAAUUUCUCCUUCCUCUCCUUCAUUGACUGUCUCAUUCAUUUUACAUGCUCUUUCCUUCAGAAUGCUCUUUCCUGGAGAAAAUUCCUCUCCUUCGUGACUGUCUCAUUCAUUUUACAUACUCUUUCCUGGAGAAAAGCUUUAAUUCCUCUCCUUCGUGACUGUCUCAUUCAUUUUACAUGCUCUUUCCUGGAGAAAGGCUUUAAUUCCUCUCCUUCCUCUUUCCUUCAAAGCUUUAAUUCCUCUUUCGUGACCGUCUCUCAUUCAUUUUACACUCUUUCCUGGAGAAAAGAUUUAAUUCCUCUCCUUCGUGACUGUCUCAUUCAUUUUACAUGCUCUUUCCUGGAGAAAGGCUUUAAUUCCCUCCUUCCUCUCCUUGUCUCAUUCAUUUUACAUGCUCUUUCCUGGAGAAAGGCUUUAAUUCCUCUCCUUCGUGACUGUCUCAUUCACUGUCUCAUUCAUUUAUAUGCUCUUUCCUGGAGAAAAGCUUUAAUUCCUCUCCUUCGUGACUGUCUCAUUCAUUUUACAUGCUCUUUCCUGGAGAAGGCUUUAAUUCCUCUCCUUCGUGAUUGUCUCAUUCAUUUUACAUGCUCUUUCCUGGAGAAAACUUUAAUUCCUCUCCUUCUUGACUGUCUCAUUCAUUUUACAUGUCUCUCUUUCCUGGAGAAAGCUUUAAUUCCUCUCCUUCGUGACUCUUUAAUUCCUCUCCUUCGUGACUGUCUCAUUCAUUUUACAUGCUCUUUCCUGGGAAAGGCUUUAAUUCCUCUCCUUCGUGACUGUCUCAUUCAUUUUACAUGCUCUUUCCUGGAGAAAGCUUUAAUUCCUCUCCUUCGUGAUUGUCUCAUUCAUUUUACAUGCUCUUUCUGGAGAAAAGCUUUAAUUCCUCUCCUUCGUGACUGUCUCAUUCAUUUCAUGCUCUUUCCUUUUAAUUCCUCUCCUUCCGUGACCGUCUCAUUCAUUUUACAUGCUCUUUCCUGGAAAGGCUUUAAUUCCUCUCCUUCCUCUUUCCUGGGAAAAUUCCUCUCCUUCGUGACUGUCUCAUUCAUUUUACAUGCUCUUUCCUGGAGAAAAGCUUUAAUUCCUCUCCUUCGUGACUGUCUCAUUCAUUUUUUACAUGCUCUUUCCUGGAGAAAGGCUUUAAUUCCUCUCCUUCGUGACUGCUUUAAUUCCUCCUUCGUGACUGUCUCAUUCAUUUUACAUGCUCUUUCCUGGAGAAAGGCUUUAAUUCCUCUCCUUCGUGACUGUCUCAUUCAUUUUACAUGCUCUUUCCUGGGAAAGGCUUUAAUUCCUCUCCUUCGUGACUGUCUCAUUCAUUUUUACAUACUCUUUCCUGGAGAAAAGGCUUUAAUUCCUCUCCUUCAUGACUGUCUCAUUCAUUUUACAUGCUCUUUCCUGGAGAAAAAUUCCCUCUCCUUCGUGACUGUCUCAUUCAUUUUACAUACUCUUUCCUGGAGAAAGGCUUUAAUUCCUCUCCUUCGUGACUGUCUCAUUCAUUUACAUGCUCUUUCCUGGGAAAAGCUUUAA